AUGUCAACAACGUGGCGAUAUCAAGAUAAAGUGAAAAAUUUUGAUUUCGACACGAUUCCAUUGAGAGUGACUGAUACAAAUGAGUUAGCAGAAGCCUACACAAUGAAAGCCACCAAUCGACCCCAUCUCUACACUGUAUUCAAUCCUCUCAAUCAGAUUUAUCAAUGGGCUUUCCUGACUCCAAAAACUAUAUCACCAAACUGUGUCGUUUCUCUUUUUGCUGGCGGUUAUCCGAGUGAUAAAGGAUCGGAAAAAUAUCGAAUCUACGAUUUUGAUGCCAAUAACUUGCCCUCAUUUUCAAAUGGUUUCAUGUCCACUUUUGGUUUCACUUUUUUCAUCCCAUCUCAAUGUGAAUUUUCGAUUCUCAUAAAUGCAAAUGGAGCUCCUCCAAAUACGGAACUCAUGUUCGCGAUGCACACAGGAAAUGAAGGAUUUUUCAUGAGUAAUGGAUAUCGACAGAUGGAUAAUUUACAGCAAAAUCAGCCUUUCAUUUACAAUCUUGAACUCUAUAAUGAUGACUGGAACCAAAAUCUGACAAAGUUUUUCUUCGAAGUGGUCGAUUUCAAUGCAGGAGAUCUAAAUGAUACCUCAUUUUUCAUCAGUUACGGCAACAAUGAUGAUGAUAUUAUGUUAGAGCAAUCGAUUAGCAAUCAGAAUUUCAGCAGUCAUACAGUCAUGGCACAGUUGAGAUACGAUGCAAUGACCGAUCAUUCAUACGUGUUUGUCCGUUACAAAACUCUUGGAGAUGGAACGGAUGGUGGG